AUGUAUACCCGUAAUAAUGGACAGGAAAAGAGAAAUCGACAAGCGGAGCCUUCUCCUUGUGGAAGCAAAAGUUUAGAACAAAUCAUUUCAAUGGAUGACUGUGCCAAACUUAUUAUUGACAGUGCAUUAAUGAAGAUUCAGCAGCAGCUAAUGAAAAAAGCAAAGCAAGGUGGACCUUGUGUGUCAAAUAAUCCUUCACUUGGCUACAAACGUCAGGAUUCCGGUUACGAGAGGGCAGGGAUGACCAUGGGUGUCCCUACCCCUAACUUUAGCCCUUCAAAACGAGGAGCGGGGUGGCAGGAAAGUCAGUACCAAGAAUCAAGAAAAGAAGAUAUUUCAAGCAUCCUCACAUCAACCAUCCAGAAGGUCAUGCGUGAAGCUGUUUCUAAUGUAGACAGCAAUAGCAACAACAUGAAUAGGAGUCUUCGGCAAGUCCCUCCUCCUGAAAGCAAGCCUCAGAGAAUAAAGGCUACCUCAAAACUACCCAGUGGACCACUGGAUAUGUAUGGCAACAUGGACCGUAUGAAUAUGCUAGAUAUUGACCAGCUGGUGAAAUCUAUGACUAAACUGUGCCUUUUGGAGCCCGGAAGCAAUAGUUCAAAUUUAGGCAGCGGAGAUACGUCACAUAAACAAUAUAAUGGUUCGUCUCAAACUUUAGGAGGACCAAGAACAGCUGCUUUGGUCAGAUCUAAUAUGAGACAAGGUGGCUCAAACGGAGUUAUAGUAACUAAUCAGAACGGUGAAAACGGUUCUUUGAACAAAGAACUCCAAGCUGUCCUCCAGUGGAUGGUCGCUUCUCAUUUCAAUGUGCCCAACUUGACAUUCUUAAAUGACAGAGAAGGAGAACUGGCUGAUCUUCCACAGCUGGCUCAGAAGGCAACCCAAAAGGGCUACAGUGUGGGAGAAAUUCUUCAGAAAGUGAUGAGGUACCUUGAAAGAACAGAGAUGGAAGAAGCAAUGGGGAAAAGGUCUCAGUGUGGACUGAUCCGCUGGCUACAUGCCAACUUGUAA